AAAAGUUGGCACAUAGCAUCUUUUUAGUGCCUUGGAUAAUUCAGGGUUUACACCAUUUUUUGAAUUGGUGUUAACUGGGAUUGAACUUGUAGUUACUGUUCAGUCUUAAAAAUCCUAGGGCCUUAACCCAGUCCAAAAACAAAAACACAAUAAACGAAUUAGAAGGAAACGGGAAUGACGACGAGUACGAGCCGGCUGGUGUUCCUUUUCUCAUUUGCCGCUCUUAUCCCAACCCUAUGGGGAAGUUUUAUCGCUGAAUACGAUGAAUUCUGGAAGCAACGCGAGCGAGAGGCAUGGAAGAACACCCUCGCUGCUUAUGAUCCCAACCCAGAAAACGUCACCAGGAAACUCAAUCAACAUGUUAACCUAAACCGAAUAUGGGAUUUGGGCGGCGACGGCGACGGUGGUAACGCCACCACGACUACCAGGAGGAGCUUGAGGGGCAAACACAAGAAGUACACGGGGCCAUGCAUGGUGACCAACCCCAUUGACAAAUGCUGGCGGUGUAGGGCUAACUGGGCCGACAACCGUAAGAAGCUAGCGGAUUGCGUGGUUGGUUUUGGCCACAAAACCGAAGGAGGAAAAGACGGCGAUUUCUACGUGGUGACCGAUAAUUCCGACGAUGACAUGUUGAACCCUAAGCAUGGAACUUUACGUUGGGCAGUAAUCCAGAAAGAGCCGCUGUGGAUCAUUUUUGCUCACGACAUGCACAUCAAGUUGUCGCAUGAGCUGAUCAUCCAGAGCAAGAAGACGAUCGACGGUCGCGGAGCCAACGUCCAUAUCGGAUAUGGAGCCGGGAUGACACUUCAGUUCGUGCAAGAUGUCAUCAUCUCUAACAUCCAUGUUCAUCACAUUCUUCCUAGCCAGAGUACCGUGAUAAGGGACUCCGUGGAUCAUUACGGUUUGCGGACCAUGGGCGACGGAGAUGGCAUUAACAUUUUCGGAUCGACAAACAUUUGGCUCGAUCAUCUUUCGAUGUCGGAAUGUCAAGAUGGACUCAUCGAUGCAGUUCAAGGCUCCACCGCCAUCACGAUCUCGAACUGCCAUUUCACCCACCAUAACGAUGUGAUUUUAUUGGGUGCAAGUGAUAGUUACGAAAGAGAUAAAUUGAUGCAAGUCACCGUAACGUUUAACCAUUUCGGCAAGGAAUUGAUUCAAAGAAUGCCGAGAUGUAGAUGGGGUUUCUUCCAUGUUGUUAAUAAUGAUUACACACACUGGAAAAUGUAUGCCAUCGGCGGUAGCAAGCAUCCCACCAUUAUUAGUCAGGGCAAUCGGUUCGUUGCUCCGGACGACUCUAAAGCAAAAGAGGUAACGAAUAGGAAUUAUGCAUCGGAAGAGGAAUGGAGCAAAUGGAUAUGGCGAUCGGAAGGGGAUUUGUUGCUGAACGGAGCCCGUUUUCGGACGUCGGGGCAGCUCAAAUCGCCGCAUUACGACUUCACGAAGAUGGAGAUGAUAAGUGCGAAGCCAGCAACAUUUGUGGGAAGGCUGACCCGUUUUGCCGGAGCUCUUGAUUGCAGAAAGGGGCACGAGUGUUAACAAAGGGUCUAUUCAUCUUCAUUGUUUUCUUUAUUUUCCUUUA